CCAUUCGUUUCAUCUGCAUUUAUUUUUGUAGGCCACAAUUAAGUAUUCCAAUUCCAUGGCUGCUUUCAACUUGUUCAAGCUUUCAAUCCUCUUGAGCGUCCUCUUAAAUUCACACUUUGGUCUUUGUUCAGAGACUAGUAAUAAGCAGAUAAGCAAAGGGGUAUCAUCACCACCGACAUGUAGCCGCAUAGAGUGCCCCAGCUAUGAUGUGAUUCAUGUUGGCAACAGCUAUGAAAUUCGUCGCUAUAACUCCACGGUGUGGGCGUCAACCUCUCCCAUUCAAGACAUUUCUCUGGUUGAAGCUACCAGAACUGGCUUCUUACAGCUAUUUGACUAUAUUCAAGGAAAGAACAAUUAUGAAGAGAAGAUAGAGAUGACAGCCCCAGUGCUCUCUGAAGUCUCGCCUAGUGAUGGACCUUUAUGUGAGUCCUCAUUUGUUGUUAGCUUUUAUGUACCAAAAGUUAACCAAGCAAACCCACCUCCAGCCAAAGGUCUUCAAGUCCAAAGGUGGAAUCCUGUGUAUGCAGCAGUGAGACAAUUCAGUGGAUUUGUUGCUGACUCAGAUGUUGGAGUGGAAGCUGCUGCCUUGCAAGCCAGCCUUGUUGACACGGUUUGGUCUGCUGCCAUUGAGAAAAGCCAUGGAGCUGAUCACUCAUCAGUCUACACCAUCGCACAGUACAAUUCCCCAUUUGAAUUUGAUGAUAGGGUGAAUGAGAUAUGGAUGUUGUUUGAUAUGGAAGAUGAUUUUACAAAGUAAGGAGAAUGUCUGAAAAGAUGAAAGACUCUGCUAAUUACAUCAAUUUGAAGAGAUGUACUCUUAUGUAGAGAAAAAAUGGUUAAGCUUAAUGUGGGAACUCAAUAUGCUAAAUAUCUUUACUUUUCUGUAAGGAUAAAUCUUGUGUAUGCCUUGAUGACAAGUUACUCAAGUUGUGUCUGAUAUAUUGAAUAAAUUAACUUACUUUUUAUGAUA